GCUCUCCAAUCUUUUCGCUACAAACUCACUGCCCUUUAUAAAAGGUCUUUCAUAGAAGUAUAUGCAAGAACCCUAAUUUUAAGGACAUGGCGAGCACGGUGAUCAUGCUUGGCUAUGGCGACAUGGAUGCGAGUGAAACGGCCCGCAUGGAGAUGCGAGCCAACACCGAAGGACGCACCACGGAUGGAAGCUUGGAUGAUUUGCGCUGGGGUGCGUGCUCGAUCCAGGGCUGGCCAGAUUACAUGGAAGACAGGUAUGCGAUCUGCGUGGACAACAAGGAUCUCAUCGUGGGGGUCUACGACGGCCACAAGGGCAGCAAAGUUUCCAGUCUCUGCGCAUCGCGCUUGCAUGCCGAGCUCUUGCAAGCUCGAGCUGGAGGACUCCCACUAUCAGAUUCCUUGGUCAAAACCUUCAUGGCGAUAGACGAAAAAGUUGGACAAGACGAGAGUUUGAAGUACGAGGGAAGCACGGCUUUGGUGGUGGUCAUUACCGACGGGAAGAUGGUGGUGGCAAACGCGGGAGAUUGCCGGUGUGUGCUUAGCAGGCAAGGACGAGCUCUGGAGCUAUCCACGGAUCAUCACGGGGAUGUGGGUGAUGAGAGAUCCCGGGUGAUGAGAGCUGGGGGUUAUGUGCAUGGUGACCGUGUCUACCACGGGAGUUUGGAACUGGGAGUGUCCAGGGCCAUUGGGGAUUUUGGCUUCAAGACCAACGCUGGCUUGCGACAAGACGAGCAAGUGGUGAUUGCCAAGCCUGAGGUAAGGGAGGAGGAGAUUGGGGAGAAUGACGAGUUCCUCGUGGUGGCGAGCGAUGGCAUUUGGGGUUCAAGGUCCAGUGAUGAAGUGGUGGACUUUGUGGCGGACAGGCUGAGGAAUGGAGUGGCGAGUUUGUCUGGUAUGUGUAGGGAUCUAGCUGAGAGCUGCCUGGUUUCUGAUAGCAAGCAUUCUUCUUCUAGAGACAACAUGACUGUUGUGAUUGUUCGAUUCAAGUGAGUUAAUAUAUGAUCCAGAGAUCGACUUUUCCUUCAA